AUGGCGGAGCAAUUUUCGUGUGGAACGGUAACAGUACGGAAACGCGGGCUGAGGUUGUGUUUGUCGAUCAGGGAGUCUAUCGUGCGGUGGGUGAAGAAGAAGACUGGUCCUCCUGCCGUCACUGUUGAGACUGCAGAGCAGCUGAAGAAAGCUGAAACCGAGAGUGAGGUUGUGGUGCUUGGCUACUUUGCUAAAUUUGAGGGCAAGGAGUUUGAUGCCUUCCUUGCAGCUGCACGGCUGUCAGAGGACGUGACCUAUGGCCAGACAACAGAAGCGGCAGUAGCCAAGGCUGCUGGGGCAAAGGACACUGCUCCUUCUGUGGUGGUAAUCAAGAACUUUGAUGGUGAAGAGAGAGAGGUUGUUCUGUUCGAGGGCGAUUUUACUGUUGAGAAACUUGAAGAGUUCGUAAUGUCAGAGAAGCUCCCUCUGGUGAUUCCAUUCAUAGACAAGAAUCAGGACAAGAUUUUCGACUCUGGCAUCGACAGGCAGUGCCUGGUGGUCGCCAAUGCAGAGGACCUGGCUGCAGAUUCUGAAGUGCUGAAGGCAGUGAAAGCCGUCGCAGCGGUGCACAAGGGCAAGGUUGUAUUUGUGAGCGUUGAUGCUGCUAGCGAUAGCGCAGAUUCGGUUCUCAACUUUUUCGGCUUGGACAAGGAGAGCCUUCCACAGGUUGUGGCGUUCCAGCUCAGUGGUUCGAAGAAAUACAAGCUGUCCGACAAGGUCACCGAGGAGAAGCUAGCAGCCUUCGUUGCUGGCGUCCUGGAUGGCACUGUUGAGCCAGACUACAAAUCGGAAGACAUCCCUGAGGAUGACAUGGACGACGGAGUCCAAAUUGUGGUGGGGAAAACCUUUGACAAGAUCGUUUGCGACCCUGAGAAGGACGUCCUCCUGGAGGUGUACGCCCCAUGGUGCGGCCACUGCAAGGCACUUGCACCAGUUUAUGCUAAACUCGCAAAGCGAUUCGCAAAGAUCGACUCAGUGGUGGUCGCCAAGAUGGACGGCACCGCCAACGAGCACAAGGAGGUGGAGGUCGAGGGCUUCCCCACCAUCUUGUUCUUCCCAGCCAAAGAGGGCUGCGAGUCGAUUCCCUUUGAGAGCGGCGACAGGACCCUCCUGGGUCUGACCAAAUUUAUCAAGUCAGUUGCUGUCAAAGAGUACACACUGCCCACCAAGGCGAAGAAGGGAGCCGAUGACAGCGAUACUGGAAAAGAUGGAGCUGAGAAGGGUGGGGAUCACACUGAGUUGUGA